AUGACAGUAAAAGGUGGUUCUCGUCCUGCUUGUGCCGCAUGCCGUUUCCAACGCCGUAGAUGUGCCUCCGACUGUCCUCUCGCACCUCAUUUUCCGGCCAACCAACCUAAGAUGUUUCAAAACGUCCACCGUAUUUAUGGCGUUGGAAACAUCAUGAAAAUACUUAACCAAAUCAAAGACGAGGAUCUAAAGCAAGACGCGAUGAAAUCUAUCAAGUAUGAAUCGUAUAUUCGUCACGUUUAUCGUGUGCAUGGAUGUUAUGGAUUGAUAGCUCAAUAUAGACAAAAAUGUCUAGAAGCCAUGCAAGAACUUCAAUAUGUUCAUGCUUUACUUGAUGCUUUUAAAAAAAAUAAACAAGUGAAGCUGAUGAGGCAAAACUCUCUUGGCUUGUCGUCUUCGUUGCAAAACGUUGACGACGAUGAAUGUAUCAAGGAUCAAGUUCUUGCAAGUGGUUUGAUGGCUCCGAUGAUGAAUGGUGGGAAUGAUUUAUUAGGGUUUUAUUAUAAUAAUAAUGGUUUGAUUGAUCAUUAUAAUAUGAAUGAACUCCCUAGUCAAUAUCUAUAUGAUGAAAAUAAUUUAUUUAAUCCCGAACAAGGGGAAAGUAGUAUAGAUUAUUCAGAAAUGACUAGUCUUGGAGUUUCGUUUGCUGAUGAUCAACAAGCUUUUAUGGGACCGAAAGAAGCUUAUGAUUUCAAGCUGGAAUCAUCUUUAAAGGAGGCAAAAACGAAUUUCAUUGAGCCUCAAGAGACAAAAGUUUACGGAAAACUGUUUGAGGUACAACAAGGUGUUCAUCACAUGGCGAUUUAG